AUGGCGACGGGGCAGAAGGCACCUGGCUGCACUCGCAGCCAGCCCGUGGCGGCAGCGUCCGCCUCGAGCUGGGCGUGGGCUCCCUGCAGCUUUUCGCCAAAAGAGUGUAGCAAGGCUGGCCAGCCACCCACAUCGUCCCCACCACCAUUGCCGCACACGUCUGCUGAGUCGAUCCAGGCGCAGGGAUGGCCGUGGCGCGCAUCCACGACGCGGGCAUCAGUGGCAACGGCCGAAAGCUCGGUCAAGGCAGCCCGAGGCAGCAAAAAAGGCAAUCCCAUCAUGCUCAGGGCCUCAUCAUCCUCUGCAGGUCGACCCACUACGGGAACGACCCUGGGUGUCCCACCACCAGUGGCGUCACCCCGAUCUGGCAGCUCCAGCCAAAGGCAGCACAGCGCUUCAGUCAGCCGCGCCUCGUGCAAAAAAGCCAGCAGUUGUGCCGGCCGGACCUCCAACGCAUCCACCAAAUACGCGCGCUUCAACCGCGCCACCACAAGCUGCACAUCCGUCAGGAAGCGUCGAGCCACUCGCGACGAAACCUUGCGUCCAAACACCCGGCGAAACGCCCCGCUCCACUCCCUCCCCUCCCCUGCCUCCAUCCCCUCGACACACACACACGCACGCACACACUCAUACAGCUCAGCUCAGCGCUGCUCUGCCCAGCUCAGCGAGCGCUUCAAACUUCAUGUGGUAGUUGUGCUUUUCCUUUGUGUCUUUGCUCUUUACUUCUCUCUUCUCAAACCAAUUCAUUCAAACUUCAUCUCUCAAACUCUCUCUCUCUUUCAUUCAUUUCCGCUCUCACAUGCUGUGCAGCGCUACGUGUGUCCCUUGCAAGCACAUGACACUUUCUGUCUUACAUCUCUCUCUCUCUCUCUCUCAAACUCUCUCUCUCUCUCUCUCAAACUCUCUCAAACUCUCUCUCUCUCAAACUCUCUCUCUCUCAAACUCUCUCUCUCAAACUCUCAAACUCUCUCUCUCAAACUCUCAAACUCUCUCAAACAAACUCUCUCAAACUCUCUCAAACUCUCAAACUCUCUCUCUCUCUCAAACUCUCUCUCUCUCUCUCAAACUCUCUCAAACUCUCUCUCAAACUCUCUCUCUCUCUCUCUGCUUGCACAUGUUGGUUCGAUCUCAUUCAGCUCGGCUGGGUGCCAACUGGCUGGCUGGCUGGCUGAUUCAAGGCGCCGAUACGUAGCAUCAUUGCUGGACUUUGAAGCACAGGCAAGAUGGGCAAUAUUGGACCACAGGGAACACCUGGAUUACGACUUUCCCUGGGAAAACGUGUCAGCCAAGACCUCGCUCGGCUUUGGCCUCGGCAGCAUCGAUGUGGGUCCCGCUUCCUGGAUCCCCAUGCUGUCGCGCCGUGCCGUGGCUCGGCGAGUGGACGUGGGCUUUGCUCACCUCGAGUUUGUCGUGUGUCGCCGCUUGGACAUUGGCUUUGGCCGAGUGGAUGAAGCCAUAGUCUUUGACCGCGUCGAUGUGGGCAUGGGCCGUGUCGGCAAACUGCAUUGCCUCGCAAGCACCCGCCAGGAAGUGGGGCUGGGUAGCAUCCAAAAAGUUGAAUUCCAUUCCCUAGGCGAACUUGUACAAAUGGCCCGCUCCUGCGCUGGCAUGCCCCCCUCGGCACAUCCGGAAACACACGGUGAUUUGUUUGUUGGUGCCGAGAAUCAGACGUCAGUGGUUCCUUCGCCGACAAGUUCAGGACCAGCGUUGGCACCUCCUUUGCCCUACACUGGAGCACAACUUGGCCAUCAUGGUCCAGUUCCUCAGCAGCAACAACCAGCCUACUAUGCCAGUUCAACCCCGCUCCCUAAUAACGAGUCCCAGAACGUGAUUCAAUACGCGGCACCACCGCCCCCGAGCGCCUACGCAGCUCCAGCGACACACCCAAACCUGGCUGCUCCAUAUGAUGAGGCCCCACCGGCCUAUGAGGAGACCUUGUCCUCCAAGGCGUAAGAACAGUCUGCACGGCUGUGCUCGACGACAGCAUCCAAGUGAGCCUCACUCAUACCCCCCAACGUCCUUUUCCUCUUCUUGGCUGAGCCCGUUUGCCACGCUGCUGCUACCAUCGUCGUCGUGGUUACACCAUAACUCCGAUGCUUUGGUCUCUGCGUCGUGGACCUCCCUUGUUUGUGCUUCUAUUUGCUUCCUUUAUCAUAACCCCCGGGUGUGCACGAGCUCGGGCUAUCAGAGUCACGCCCGCGUCUGCCACCCGGCUGUCUUUUGUUGAGGUCCAGCCAAAGUCGGUAUCUUUGCCAAUCACUUUUUGUGGACAAACAAAGCUGCCCUAUCGAUUCAAAUCCAAUUUCAUGUC